AUGUACUCCUAUUACCGUUGGAUUGGCUUGGUGAGACGGAGAUGUCCAGUGUUGAACAAUGGUUGUACGGUCACCAGUCUACUUUGGUCUCGAUGCUUCCUUGCUCAUAAGAAUGGCCCUCGGCAUAUCUCGUCAUUUUUUUUUACUCAUUCGUUAGCAGGUUUGCAUACUUCUGAGUCCAAUCUGAAGUCCAUAUCUCCUAUUCCCGAUACUACGGAUUUGCGUUCCACAAUUUCACGCUUUUUCGCUCCAGCGCAGCGAGUCUUAUUCACGCGUCGGAAGUAUCCUCCGAGCAUUUCCUGCACACCCACGGCUCACUUUAUGCGAGCAGCAUCGAGGACAGACCUGUCUCUGUACCUUGACUUUCCAAAGCAAAGAGACCGUUAUCUCGAAUCACCAGAGUUCCGGAGUGAGCCGCGUACAGCCAUAAAAAUUGUUUUAUUACUAUGUUUGCUGAAUUGUCUCGUCUUUUAUCAGUGGGACUGGGCUAUGGAUGAUGCCGUGACGCGCCAGGAUCCGACCCGUCUGUACUGGUUACUUGACAAUGCACAAGCUUCCCUUCAUAACUUAGCGGAGGGUAGAUGGUGGGUGUUACUGACGAGCAUGUUCUCCCAUCAGAACGCGAGUCACCUACUCAUAAACUGUGUAGCCACAUACUCGUUCAUGACUCCUGUCGUUUUUCGCUACGGCGUAUUACGGUCGUUGUUUAUAUACGUGUGCGCCGGUUUCAUAGCCAACGUCUUUACCCUCGAACGUCAAUUUCAAGAGGCACGCCGUUCCACAAGUCUUUCUUUACAUCUCCCAAAUCACGUCUGGCAGCUUUUACAAUCGAAAAAUCAUCUUGUAUAUGAAUCACCCCUACAAAUGAUGAACCCUGACACCCGCGACAUUUACACCAUUGCGUCUACAAACCUUCCGGCGGGUUGGACUAAUGGAUGCCUGGGCUCCUCUGCGGCCGUGUAUUCCAUGAUCUCCAUGCUGACUUGCGCUUACCCCCGUGCACAGUUCUACCUACUAUUUGUGUUUCCUUUUCGCGCUUCGACUUUGCUUCCUCUCGAUUUGCUUGUCGAGUCAGUACUAGCUUACACCCAUUGGGAUAGGCGGCUUAGUGUCGCAUUCGAUGCUCACGUAGUCGGAGCCCUGGUUGGUUUAGCAGCUAAUCUUCUCGUAAUGCCGAGAACUUGGAAGCUUCGCGUCCUCCGUUUCCUUUCUCACAAGUUCCGUUGA